UUGAGUCCGUAGGGAGGGAAACGAAAGACAAGAAAGUGAAACGAUGUCGAACGUUGAUGUGGAUGACGCGAAACAACGCAAGAGCACGAGCUCUGCUCAUGCUACUGUUGGUGGGGUUGACGAUACUGCUUCUACGACGCCUUCUCGUACCGAGAACGAGAAGAAGAAGUCUCAGCAGCACCAGGCAGCUCAUUCUUCCGCACCACCUUCUUCCCCUCCGCCAUUCCAGGCACGAUUCUGGUCUAACGAUCCUGUAACGAGCGUGAAGCGGAAGCUGUACUUCCGCGUUGUCGGCAGCGGGACGUUCUUGAUGAUUAUUUGCAUCUUUACUCUGCUCGCGAUAUUUUGGGGGUCACUUUAUAAUGUUAACGACUACAUUCAUAAGUUGGAGGGAUGGGUGAUCGACUUCGAUGGCGGACCAAUAGGACAGACUGUCAUCCAGGCAUUCCAGAACAAUACAGGAUUGCCUUUUCAAAUGACUUGGCGCGUUGUUGAUGGGUCGCAGUUUCCGAAUUAUUUGAGUGAUGUUGAGGAGGCGGUUGUGAAGGAGAAGACUUGGGUUGCAAUUUCAAUAAAUAGAGGUGCAUCGUCUAACCUGAGUACUGCCAUCGUGAGUGUAGAUAGCUCGUAUGAUGGGUCACUUGCAGUGACCGCGCACGCUGAUGAGGCGAGGAAUGAGCAAGGCUACGCAUCAUUCAUCCAGCCAGCUAUCACGCAAAUUCUUCUGGAAGCAUCGCAGGCCUUCGCGUUGCAGAACUCACAACAAGUUGCUGCGAACUCGUCUGUUAACUACCAGGUGCUCCUCUCACGCGCACCGACGGUUCUUACCCAGCCUCUUUAUUUCACAAUUAAUAAUUUAAGGCCGUUUGAUGUCCCAGUAGCAUUGGCAGUUGAUUUUGUUGGACUCAUUUAUUUGCUCAUUAUAGCUUUUGUUGUUUGUAUGAUGAACUACCAAGCGCGCGUUACCGUAUCUGGUCUCAAUCGCCACUUACGACUGAAAUCACUCAUCGCAAUACGCUUAUGCGUGCCGCUUGUCCUCUAUUUCUUCGUUUCGGCCUUCUUCUCCAUGCUUAGUCUAGCAUUUCAAGCACCUUUUAGUCGAGUUUUCGGCCAUUCGGGGUUCGUUAUUUAUUGGAUGAUGAAUUGGAUGGGGAUGUGCGCGCUGGGACUUGCGAUGGAGUCCAUGAUCACAAUCCUCACUCCAUCUUUCACGCCUUUCUUCCUCAUGCUUUGGAUUAUCUCGAAUGUAUCCGUUGCAUCCGUACCGAUAGAAGUCCUUCCAGGCGUGUUCAGGUACGGAUACGCGGCGCCGUUCUACAACGUCUCCAAAGCUGUUCGAACUAUAUUGUUCAACACGAAGAACGAGAUCGGCCUGAACUUCGGAGUACAGUUCGCAUGGAUAGCGGUCUCGUUAGUGACGAUGACACUGCUUACGAUUCUGAUGCGAAGAAAGGAGGAACGUGCGUGGAGGGCUCAACAGGACGUUGCUGUGAGAGACAAGGAGAAAGUAUAACAUUCCAAUCAGCUGUGCCUCGUGCCUUUGGAUUUCUGGUUUCAUUGAAAGAGGAAGGAGUUGAAUCUGGCUAUUCUUU